AUGGGUGAAAGAAUGCCUCUCCCAACCAGACGCAGUCCCUUCACCAUAGACAUUCUCAACGAGGUAUUACCUCAAGGAGUAAAGAUCUCGGGGUUACCUCAAUUUGAAGGGACCACCGACCCGCAGGAGCAUAUAGAGAAAUUCAGUGCCAUGGCGGAUUUAUAUGGCCCGACGGAUGUUGCGAUGUGCAAAAUGUUCCGUACCACUCUCUCCAAGAGGGCAAUGAAUUGGUUCAAUUCUCUACCCAUAGGGUCGAUUGACACCUUCGCUCGGCUGUCAACCCGGUUCACCAACCAGUUUGCCAUCAACAAACAAUAUGCCAAGACCCCAGCUCAUCUUUUCUCAGUAGUGCAGAGAGAUAACGAAACGCUCCGCAACUACAUUAAGCGUUUAGUAGAAGCCGUCCAUGAAGUCCCCAGUGUGGGGCAAGACAUGCUCUCCGGGAUUAUGCAGCAGAACUUGAAACCGGGUAGAUUCAAGGAAUCUAUCGCCGGAAGACCCCCAGGCAACCUAGAAGAGUUGCUAAAUCGAGCUGAAAAGUACGUCCGGAUAGAGGAAGCCUCUACCCAUGCUCCUCCUAAAAGGAAAAGGGAAGAUGACCGUCAGGACAAUAGGAGACAUGAUGACCGACGUCCACCACUUCCACAUCAAAACCAACCCUCCUCCUCCUACAAUAGGUUCACUCCGUUACACGCUCGCCUCACUGAAAUCCUUCACGUGAUAGAACAGAGAGAGGAAUGUGCACAACUCAAAGCGGCAAUUGAGAGGCUGAUCAAACAGGGCCAUUUAGGCGAGUACAUCGAUAAGCCGCGAAAUAAACGCCGUGAUGAUCCUCCACGCCGAGAUAACAAUCGAGAUCAACAACAAAGACGAGAAGAUGGGGGUCAUCGACGUGACCUAGAUAACAAUGAUAACCAACCUACCCGGGGAAUCAUCUCCUUUAUCUCCGGAGGACCGGCGGGGGGCGAUUCACAAAAUGCAAGACGCACCCUCGCUCGAUCAGCACGCAUGAAUCAAGAACGUGCCUCUCCAUCCACACGCAUAUAUCAAAUACGAAGACCUGAUCACAGCAUAGUCUUCAACUCCUCCGACCUCGAAGGUCCAGAUGAAGACCAUGUCGAUGCAUUGGUAGUAACAACAACGGUGGCCAACUUCUUGGUCAAGAAGAUAUUAGUGGACGGUGGAAGCUCAGCUGACAUCAUGUACCUCCACGCUUUUAAGCAGCUGGGCAUAGAUAACGCCCGGUUUAAUCCCGUCUCCACACCCCUGAAAGGAUUCACAGGAGAAGGCAUUUUAUCCAUGGGAGAGGUAGAGCUGCCCGUCUCUUUAGGGGAAGACCAUUGUCGAAUCACCAAGCUAAUCAAAUUCCUCAUCGUCGACAAGCCAUCUCCCUACAACGUCAUCUUAGGGAGGCCAGCCAUCCAUACAUUCAAGUCCGUACCUUCAUCCUACCAUCAGAAGUGGAAAUUCCUUACUUCCUAUGGAAUGGGGGAAAUACUUGGAGACAGACGUCUCGCCCGAGAGUGCUACGCAAGGGCCCUACGAGAACCCUCCAAGAAGCCUAAACCAUCCGGAAGGGGAGACGACACCCAAAAAUCCGACAAACGGAAGUGGGUCAAUGCGAUCAUUGAGGACAAUAAAGAAAUCCUCAUUAGUGUACCUGACGAUAGCAUCAAGCUAGCAGCUGUCGAAGAGCUUAAGCUCAUAGAGCUCACCCCUGGAGAUGGCUCCAAACUCCUACGCAUCGGAUCCGAGUUAGAUCCUGAGAUGGAGAAUCAAUUAGUCAAAUUCUUGCGGCACAAUGGAGAUGUGUUCGCUUGGAAAGCUCAAGAUUUGUCGGGCAUCCCCCCUCAUGUAGCUCUACAUCGGCUUAACGUCGACAAAAGGUUGAAGCCGAUCAAACAAAGAAAACGGACAUUUGGACCCGAACGCAACAAGCGCAUUAAGGCAGAAGUGGCGAAACUUCUAGAGGCAGGUCAUAUACGGCCAGUUCAGUAUCCUGAAUGGUUGUCGAACGUAGUACCCGUUCCAAAACCCGGGGGAAAGUGGAGGUUAUGCGUUGAUUUCACAGACCUCAACAAAGCUUGUCCUAAGGACCCAUUUCCCUUACCUAGAAUCGACCAACUCAUCGAUUCAACUUCGGGAUGUGAGCUCCUCAGCUUCCUCGACGCUUAUCAAGGGUAUAAUCAAAUCUUGCUCGCACCAGAAGAUCAAGAGAGGGCCAGCUUCGUCACUGACCAAGGCAUCUACUGCUAUCGAGUCAUGCCUUUCGGAUUAAAAAAUGCGGGAGCCACUUACCAACGUCUACUGAACGCCAUGUUCGCAGAUCAGAUCGGUAAGAAUAUGGAGGUGUAUAUCGACGACAUGCUCGUCAAAAGUGUCAAGGUCUCAGACCACCUAACUGAUCUGGAUCAAUGCUUCGCUACCCUGCGAAAAUACAAAAUGAAACUCAACCCCCUCAAAUGCUCGUUCGGAGUUCGAGGUGGCAAAUUUUUGGGAUACAUGAUUUCACAGCGGGGAAUCGAAGAUAACCCCGCAAAAAUCGAAGCAAUUACCUCCAUGCCUCCACCAACAUCUAUCAAGAAAGUCCAACAGCUUAACGGUUGUUUGGCAUCUUUGAAUAGAUUCAUUUCUCGAUCAGCGGACAAGGCCCUCCACUUCUUCAAAAUUUUAAGGGGAGGAAAGAAAUUUGAAUGGGAUGAAGCAUGUCAAAAGGCAUUCGUUGAGCUGAAGUCGUACCUAGCAUCCCCACCCCUUCUCACAAAACCUCAGCCCGGAGACACCCUCCUACUGUACUUAGCUACCUCAGCUAAUGCCGUCAGCGCAGUUCUCAUCCGAGAUGGAGGAAAAGGCCACCAACCCAUAUACUACAUAAGUCGCGCCCUCCAAGGAGCCGAGCAACGCUACACCAACAUGGAGAAACUCGCUCUCGCCCUCAUCAACGCAGCUCGGAAGCUUCGACCUUACUUCCUGUCACAUCAAGUGGUGGUUCUCACCAAUUAUCCUCUGAAGCAAAUACUAAGGAGUCCUGAGACAUCCGGACGAUUAGCAAAAUGGGCGAUAGAGCUAAGCGAAUAUGGGGUCGAAUUCAAACCCCGCCCGUCCAUCAAAGCGCAAGUAUUGGCGGAUUUUCUAGUCGAAAUGACUUCCGUAGAAGAAAGCACUUCUCUACCUACUUGGUCUGUCAACGUGGAUGGAUCUUCCACUGCCACAGGAGGGGGAGCGGGUAUCGUACUAACGAACCCUGAUGGAGAUGAGUUCGAAUACGCUCAACGAUUUGAAUUCACAGCCUCAAACAACGUCGCUGAAUACGAAGCAUUGAUAGCGGGAAUCCGCCUCGCCCUAGCAGCCGGAGCGCGCAAGCUCCUAAUCCAAAGCGACUCCCAGCUCAUCGUUAACCAAGUACUCGGAGUGUACGAGGCCAAAGAAGACGCCAUGGCCAAAUACUUAGCUCUCGCACACACUCUCUUAUCUAAGUUCGAGAGCUACGAGAUAAGACAAGUAGCUCGAUCAAAUAACAUCCAUGCUGACAAAUUAGCCAGGCUAGGGAGCUCCAUGGCCAGCAUCGGAAGUCGGAAAGUGACGCUCCUCACCUCACCUCAGCCGGAGAUAAAUUCGCCUACUGAAGUACACUACACCGAGGAGGAUGAACCAUGCUGGUUCACUCCAAUUCUAAAGUAUCUCAAGAAGGGGGAACUUCCAACGGAUCCCACUGAAGCACGGAAGAUAAAAACAAGAGCCGCCCGCUUCACUAUAGUGGGAGAAGAACUGUACAAACGAGGUUUCUCAUUCCCCUAUCUCAAGUGCCUCGACCCGACCACAGCGGAUUAUGUACUCAGAGAAGUACACGAAGGCAUCUGCGGCAAUCACUUGAGCGGGAGAACCUUAGCUCUCAAACUACUGCGGCAGGGCUACUAUUGGCCAACGAUGCAUGAAGAUGCGAAAAGAUUAGUCCGGAGGUGUAAGCCCUGCCAAGAGCAUGUCAAUAUCACUCACAUGCCAGCGGCGUUAAUGCAACCAAUUGACAGCCCCAUCCCUUUCGCCCAAUGGGGGAUGGAUUUAGUUGGACCAUUCCCGCCCGCCACAGGAGGACGCAAAUACCUCAUUGUAGCAGUGGACUACUUCACCAAAUGGGUGGAGGCUGAACCCUUAGCACGCAUCCGAGAAGAAGUCAUCCAAUUUCUAUGGAAAAACAUUGUGUGCCGCUUCGGAAUCCCACGUUCCAUCAUCUCGGAUAAUGGGACCCAAUUUUGCGGAGACAAAGUAAAGAAUUGGUGCCUCGGAAAGUCGCCCUUCAAUCUAGCUUUCGGAACAGAGGCUAUCGCACCCGUCGAAAUCGGAGAACCAUCUUGGCGAAUCACCAACUAUGACCCAACAACUAAUGAAGAGGCUAUGCAAGGAAGCCUAGACCUCGUAGAUGAGUUACGUGAGAUCGCAUACAUCCGGCAACAGAUGUAUAAAUCACGCAUGGCCAAGGUAUAUAACUCAAAGGUCCGCCCUCGCUCCUUUCAAGUUGGAGAUUUAAUCCUCCGAAAAGCUGAAGCCUCUCACCCCAUCGGUAAGCUUGACCCAAAGUGGGAAGGACCGUAUAAAAUCACCAAAGUCGUCAACACCGGAGCAUAUCGCCUCGAGAACACUGACGGACACCCUAUACCCAGAACUUGGAAUAUAGGGAACCUCAAACGGUUCUACGCCUAA